GUAAUGAUUGGAAAAUAGUCCUCUCUACUUAAAACUCAUACAUAUAUAUAUAGAUAUACAUAUACAUAUAUACAUCAUCUUCUCCAUUUUCAUCUUCGUCUUCUUCCAUAAUCUAAUUCAAAAUCUCUCUCCAGAUAUGCAUAUCACCAUUCUCGGUCUUCUUCUCCAUAUCACCGGUCAAAAAACUCACGACGACGAAGAAAACGAAAACGAUUGGGAAAAAGAACGAUAACAAAAUUCAUUCAUUUCCUCACACACACAAAAAAAAGUUUUUUAUUUGAGAGAAUCAACAAUGGCAGCGAAGCUUAUGAAGAAGGAAUCGGCGAAAUCUAUGGCGGAGCUACAAUUACCGGCUCAGGCAACGGCGGCGGUGACUGGUGGUGGUGGUGGUGGUGGUGACGUGGAGUUUGCGAGGUGCGAUUGCUGUGGAUUAACAGAGGAGUGUACUCAAGCUUACAUUGCUCGAAUUAGGGAAAGACAUCAGGGCCGUUGGAUCUGUGGACUUUGUUCUGAAGCGGUCAAAUACGAAGUUUUCAGAUCUCAGAGAAGGAUUAGUACUGAUGAAGCUAUGAAACGACAUAUCAAAAUCUGUGAAGAGUUUAAAUCUUCAACUCCUCCGACUCAUACAGGUGAGGAUUUGAUUUCAGCUAUGAAACAUGUUCUCCGGCGAACUUUGGAUUCGCCGAGAAGAGGCGACGGCGACGGCGCCGGCGCCGGUUGUGGUCUUAUGAGGCCUCUCAGUCGAUCCAAAAGUUGCUUUGCAACUAUUCCAGAUUCGAAGAAAUAAUAAUAAUUAACAAAAUAAAUUUUAUUUUAUUUUAGAAUUUAAAUUUAGAUUAUAUUAAUGAUUUGAUGAUUGAUUUUAAAUAAAUAUUUUGUGAAUGAAUGAUUGAAUAUUUUGUGAA